AUGACGGGUCAUGUUCCAUUCAAAACUGGUUUAUCCAUGUGCGAGUUUUCUUCGUUUCAUGGCCAUAAGGUCCCUCCCCGCUUGAUUCAGAAAUAUCGUCUAGUCUAUGUUUACCUUUCAACAACUACUUUCCUAAGGCGUUGUUCUUCACAUCUUCAUCUUCUUCCCUCGUCCCUAACAGCAAACCUGGCUCAGAAGAUCGGAAAAUCCACCCGCAGGCCUGGAGCCGCUUCAAAGGCUAGGGUUCAUGCCGACGUUAAUGUACUCCGUCCCAAAGAAUACUGGGAAUACGAGUCGCUUACCGUCCAGUGGGGGGAACAGGACGACUAUGAAGUGGUAAGGAAGGUGGGAAGGGGUAAAUACAGCGAGGUCUUCGAAGGUUUCCAUUGCAUCAGUAACGAGCGUUGUGUUAUAAAGAUCCUUAAACCUGUAAAGAAGAAGAAGAUCAAAAGGGAGAUUAAAAUAUUGCAGAAUCUUUGUGGAGGGCCCAAUAUUGUCAAGUUGCUGGAUAUUGUCAGAGAUCAGCAGUCAAAGACUCCUAGCCUAGUAUUUGAAUAUGUGAAUAAUACGGAUUUUAAAGUGCUUUAUCCAACAUUAACAGACUACGAUACUCGAUAUUACAUCUAUGAACUGUUGAAGGCACUAGAGUAUUGCCACUCACAAGGUAUCAUGCAUCGAGAUGUGAAGCCCCACAAUGUCAUGAUCGACCAUGAGCAGCGUAAGCUUCGUCUUAUAGAUUGGGGGCUUGCCGAGUUCUAUCAUCCAGGAAAAGAGUACAAUGUUCGGGUUGCUUCUAGGUUUGUUUGUAACUUUGCAUUAAUAGUUUUGGCAGUAUUACAUAAUUAUUUCCAUUUUUCCUGGUUAAAAAAGAAAAGAAAAGGAAAAAAAAUAAUGUAUUUGAUUUCUUUCUUGUUGAAGUUCUUCAUUCAUUUAUGGCAUUUUUUGGCCUUCCAUCGAUAAUGGAACUUUUUGUUU